AUGAACGAGAAACCAACGACGGAACCACCAUCUGUGGGCGAUGCGCUGAGGUCCGGUCCCGACGAAGCCUCCGACAGAGCGCGGUGGCUGGGCGCUAGUUCGACACGCGAUGCUGUAAUGUGGUGCAAGAGUGUAUUUUACGAAGUUGUCCUAGGCCGAAAGACAUUGCCGCCUUCAAAGAAUGGCCGCAUCAUUCCACUGCAGCUGGACCAAGAUGCGCCCUUAACCGACGAACGACGAGGCGGGCAUCCCUUCCUUUCCAACACCAUCCGAACUUCCCGAUACACUGUUUAUGACUUCAUCCCGAAACAACUCUUCUUCCAGUUUUCCCGAAUUGGCAAUUUUUAUUUCCUUUGCGUGGGCGUCCCGCAGACCGUGCCUGGCCUCUCGACCACGGGCAACUUCACGACGAUUUUGCCGCUGCUUUUCUUCGUUCUAGUCACUGUCGCAAAGGAAGGAUAUGACGAUUUCAAGCGCCACCGUCUCGACAAGGUGGAGAACGCUGAGACAUCGCGUGUGCUCAAGCACUCGAAACAUCGCAACACUAGCUCGCAGACCUGGCAGUCCAAGCUUCGAAGCGCUCUCUCGGGAAGUCGCCAAGUACCGGGCACCGGCCCGGCAGUAGAUGAUGGACCCUGGAUAACAACGAGAUGGUGUGAUAUCGAAGUUGGCGACCUCAUCAACUUACGAAGAGACGAUCCGGUCCCUGCCGAUAUUGUAUUGCUACAUGCCGACGGCGAAAAUGGCCUUGCUUACAUCGAGACGAUGGCCCUUGACGGCGAGACCAACCUCAAGAGCAAGCAGGUUUCGGCUACACUGGAAGGAUGCGAUUCUGUCGAGAAGAUCCUGGCCUGCGAUGCCGAAUUCGUGGUCGAAGACCCAAACCCUGACCUUUACAAGUUCGAUGGUCGAGUGACUGUCAACGGAAAGUCACUGCCCCUAACUUCCGCCGAGGUUAUCUACAGAGGCAGCGUUCUGAGAAACACAGCGUCCGCGAUUGGCAUCGUUGUCAACACUGGGGAGGAGUGCAAGAUUCGCAUGAAUGCUAAUCAACAUCCCAAGGCCAAGAAACCCGCGUUGGAGACCGUGGCCAACAAGAUCGUCGUCUCCCUGGCGCUCUAUGUCAUCAUCCUUUCCGUCGGCUGCUCCAUGGGAUACGUAUUGUGGCAGCGGUCGCAGGAGAGAAGGACAUGGUACCUGAAGGGUGCUGAAGUCAAGUUCUACGAAAUCAUCAUUGGUUUCAUCAUCCAAUUCAACAAUGUCAUUCCGCUGGCAUUGUACGUCAGUCUCGAGAUAGUCAAAGUCGGACAGCUACUCAUGCUCAAUUCCGAUGUCGAGAUGUAUCAUGCCGAAACGGAUACUCCAGCUCGAUGCAAUACGAACACCAUCCUCGAGAACUUGGGCCAAGUCGGCUACAUUUUCACCGACAAAACGGGCACACUGACGGAAAACGUGAUGAAGUUCCGCAAACUAAGCAUUGCCGGCACAGCUUGGCUGCAUCAACCGGACGUCGAAGUUGCAGAAGGCGAUAGCGAAAACAACAGCUCUGUAGAUACUCUGUCUGAGGCUAAGGGGAUCCCGCGCAUUUCAACCCAGCACAUUCGAAACGACGCUAUCGUAGACGACUACGUUCAAUCUCCAACAACUCUCGGCAGACCAUCUAUGGCUCGCUCACGAGCACCAUCUACACGAAGAUCGUCUUCCCAGUGGAGAUCCACGGGCCGUCCGGACCACGUGCAGCCCGACGUCACCACUAGCGAUCUCUUAGAGUUCAUCUCUCUGAGGCCUCACUCUCUAUUUGCGAGACGAGCAAAAGAUUACAUCCUUGCGAUGGCACUCUGCCACACAUGUCUUCCGGAAAUCCGCAACGGCGAGGUCGAAUACCAGUCUUCUUCCCCAGACGAGUUGGCUAUGGUUAAGGCGGCACAAGAACUCGGCUACACUGUUGUUUCGCGGACAUCCUCAAACAUCACCUUACGGCAGAGCUCUGAUGCGAGUGAUGCGACCAAAGAUAUGACGUUCCAAAUUUUGGAUGUCAUCGAGUUCAGUAGCCACCGGAAGAGGAUGUCCAUUGUCGUGCGGUAUCCCGAUGGUCGUAUCUGCAUUAUUUGUAAAGGCGCAGACUCGGUUAUCCUGCCAAGACUUAAGAUGGCUAGCAUGGCGUUGCAAAAAGCCCACGAUGUGAGGCAAAGUGCGGACCUUGAACGCGAGCUUUUGCGCAAAAGUGAACAGCAUGAGCCGAGAAUCAGCAUCGGUGGUCGUGCUAGCAUGUCUUUGCGAAGAAGCAUUGGUAUCGCACGCGGUACGCCAGGCCCGAGUGUUCGGCCUCCUAUGGAUCGUAGUCAGUCUUUCGAGACGAGCAAGUUGCGCAAGUCGGGCGAUCUCUUACGACCAUCCAUCAACAUCCGCACGACUUCAUUCGAAGCUUCGCCGGGUUCGCCGACUUUGCCGUACCACACUCCCGAGAAAUUCGCCUUCCUCGACGACCCUACCAUCGCCGACGACUCGACCAUCUUUACCAGAUGUUUCAAGCAUCUUGACGAUUUUGCCACCGAAGGCCUCCGAACGCUGCUUUUCGCCCAAAAGUUCAUCUCGGAGCAGGACUACCUCACCUGGAAGAAAGCAUUCGAUGCCGCAUCUACCAGCUUGACGGAUCGCCAAGACAAGAUCGAGGCUGCAGCGGAAACGAUUGAGCAGUCCUUCAACCUCGUCGGUGCUUCGGCGAUUGAAGACAAGCUCCAACAUGGCGUUCCGGAAACCAUCGAUAAGUUACGGAGGGCGAACAUCAAGAUCUGGAUGUUGACAGGCGACAAACGUGAAACGGCCAUCAACAUUGCCCACUCAACCCGCAUCUGCCAGCCAGUGUCUGAUCUGUACACCCUGGACGUCACUAAGGGAGACCUUCAGGGCCAGCUCGUGGCAUUGUCCGAAGAUUUGCACUCUGGCUGUGUCCACAGUGUUGUCGUUAUCGAUGGACAGACCCUGGCGACGAUCGAGAAAUCGGACGACUUGACAGCCCAGUUCUACUCGGUGGUUCCUUGUGUCGACUCUGUCAUUUGCUGUCGAGCCUCACCAGCGCAGAAAGCGCUGAUGGUCAAGACUGUUCGCUCCCAGCUACGAAAGCUGAGGGGUCAGAUGGGCCACGGUCUUACACUUGCCAUUGGUGACGGCGCCAACGACUUGGCAAUGAUCUCUGCUAGCCACGUCGGCGUCGGCAUCUCUGGAAAGGAGGGUCUACAAGCUGCUCGAGUAGCCGACUAUGCCAUCGCUCAAUUCAGAUACCUUCAGCGACUGCUUCUCGUGCACGGGCGAUGGAAUUACGUCCGUACAGCCAAGUUCAUCUUGUGUACCUUCUGGAAGGAGAUGUUCUUCUACCUCCCCACAGCACUGUACCAGCGCUACAACGGUUAUACAGGUACUUCAUUAUACGAAAUGGCUAGUUUGACUGUCUUCAACACGCUCUUCACCAGUCUGUGCGUCAUCUGUCUUGGGAUCUGGGAACAAGACCUUAGUGCAGACACCUUGCUUGCCGUUCCCGAGCUUUAUGUGUACGGUCAGCGAAACAUGGGUCUAAACCUGGCGAAGUAUGCUGGUUGGAUGCUGUCAGCGGCAAUCCAAGGUGUGUUGGCAUACUGGGGCGUCUGGGCGGGAUAUGUCUGGUUUGCGCACUCGAGUGACCAGGGUCUUUACGCCGUUGGCAACUUAGCGUUCACACUUGGCGUUGUCUGGAUCAACUACAAGUGCUUCAUUCUCGAGACGCACCACAAAUCGGGUGUUGUAAUGGGAUGCUUCCUCCUCACGUUCUCCGGAUGGUGGGCUUGGCAAGGUUUCCUCUCGUCGAUCUACACCCGGGCCCCGUCAAUCUACGCCGUACGUGACGGCUUCUCAAAGACCUUUGGUCGGGACUGGACAUGGUGGUUGACGCUGAUUGUGAUGGUCACUCUCUUCAUCCUCAUGGAGACUAUUUUCCGCACCCUUCAGCGUUCUCUCAUCCUCGCGGGGAUGUGGAGGUGGCCUUGGGUUCGCAAGGAGGACGACGUUUGUGCAGAUGAGUGGCGUUUAGAGCUCUGGCAGGAGCUCGAGAAGGAUCCUGUUGUGAGAGAGAGGCUGAAAAGGUUGGCCAGUAAUGAGGAUGAGGAGGAGAUGGAGGAUUGCGAGGAUGUUGUGGUUGGUGAGUCUGAGAGGGCAGGUUGA